ACAGCGAGUCAAUUGACGUUUCGCGACAGUUUUCACGAGUCGUAUAACUCGUGCGUGUCAACGCGAGUUCAUUAAAUGCAAGAACACACGCGCUUAUGCCGCAAUGUUGUGCACCGCGUAUUACAGUGACAAUGAUCAGGGUGUGAAACACAUCCACGGAUACUUUUAACCCUGCUGUUCCCGCGUGUGUACAGCCUGACGACAGACAAUAAUAUCAUUAUCGAUAUUAUACCUCCAGGAGUUCCCGACGCGAUUCGAAUGCCGCGAUGACCCUCCACUGGUGGAUGCAUUGGUUUUGGGUUACUCUGCGAUUUACCGUUAUUCUGGGAGCUCCUACAACGCAGUUCACGACGGCUUUAAAAGUCCAGGAAGACCGCGGUGUUCGUAUUCCGGUGACUACGGUGACGCCGAUUUUACCGGGUAUAAACAAUGUCACAGGGGACAUUUAUCAGGCGUCUAAAGCGGCGGAAAUCGAACCUUUGCGUCAGGAUAAAAUUCCCGUGCGGGUUGAUGCCGUUUCGAACGAAACCGCGAAUCCCGGCGAGCCGCGAAAUCUUCUCGCCGUAAUUAUCAGACCUGAUAACAACAACGAUAACGGAACGGGAAAAGGAAUUAGCAAUAACUUAUACAAGGAAGAAAAGCGGAAGAAGGAUGGGAGAAAUUCAUCAGUAUUAAAUAACCCAGGCGACGAAGAAAACGCCGUCAAUAUACAAAACAAGUACAAUAAUAGCUUGAGAAGUUUAUCUUCGUCGUUGAAGAAGGACAGUAAAAUCACGUGGAUUUUGAACGGCGGUAACAAAACGUCGCGAUUGACGAAAAUUACUGGAGACAAAUUCAAGACGACGGAUGAUUACCGGAGAAAAAACAACACCGAGGAUGAGGAGGACGAUCGUAAUCUGGCGGUACUUCCGCUUCGCGUGAAAGACGCGGAGGAGGAGGAGGAGGAGGACGGUGAAGAAACGACACAGACACCGUCGACUACUAAUAGGUUUAAGCUGGUCUUAGACAGAACUAAAUUUAUUCCUUCCACUAAUGUUAAUGAUGAUAAUGACGAGGUCGAGAAUCUGAGAGACGACGAGGCCGUUGAAACGAGGAUGAUAGCCACUGCAGCUUCCAUUCUACAAGGUGCCGUUAGCGAGUCGCCAAGACUGAGCAGAGCGAGAAGCGCCUUUGCCGGAGACUAUCAGCAAGAGGAGAGAGACAAAAGGCCUGAAGAACAGGCUCAGGAAAGGCUCGCCGAGAAUUCAGGAAACGCGACUGCAAACGCCAUCGACGUCGCCGCCGUCACUGGAAGCUGUUUGGCCACGCUGGUUCUACUCGGCACCAUGGGUAGUCUGGGUUUCGUUAUGUACAGACGAAGGUAUUUGAAUCCACCUCAAACGCUCAACAGUGACAAAUGCAGCAAUCCGGACAGCUCGGGUUACAUCGACGAUUCAACCAUCAGGGAUAACUCGGAGGAAAUGUACAGCCUGGACAACGACUCAUUUUUAAACUCGCUCGAGGCUAUGACGAUCCAAAAUUAUUGGACUGACAGCGUCAAGCACACGAAACUGUGAAACAAAGAGGUAAGGAUAAAUUGAAGACGUUGUUGAUGGAAAAGUUUUAACCAUCAAUUCCUCGAACGUGUGCAGUCGGUCGAUUGAUUUUACUUACUUGUAGAAUGUCAAAAACUGAUUGCAUAUAAUAUUUUAAUAUUUGUAGAUUGUGAUGAGCCCCAAGUAUUAGUAGAAUGAUUUAAAAAAGAUUAUUGAGUAAUUGAUUUUUUUUCUUUACAUCCUGUUAAUUUUUACUGUUUUUCUUGCAACUCCUAAUGUUUCUAUUCAAUUUUUUUUUCGGAGAACAGGAAAAAUUCGCGCUGUUAUAUAUCUUUUUUCCUCUGUUAUUUAUUUUUUUUCAUUUAUACACCACUUUGGAAUAGAAAUACAUAUAGCAAUAAGAAUGUUCACAUUCCGUAAAUAUUACGUAUUGUCAUACGUUAACAUGUAAAUAAUAGUAUUCGUCCAUGAAUCACCAAUGAACAAAUUUUUUAUCAACAUACGCAAUGAUUAUUAAUCAUGACAAAAAAAUGUAUUGACGUAUGCAAGCAAAUUGUAUAAUUUUGCACGUGAAUUUGCACUUGUACGUUUAGAAACGAAAAAAGAGAAUGAAGUUUUAAAUAUACCACUGAUCUAUUACAAAACAAAAAAAUUAACUGUUCUUAUUAUUAUAAUAUUUAAUAUACGUGGGUGAAUAAGAAGAAAAAAAAGAAUAGUGCAAUAGAAAGAAUAGUUAGAAGGAGGACGAUGUGACUAUAUUAUACAUGCCGCAAAUACCAUAUGAGAUCCAAUAAAUUAUAGGGUGGAUAAGUACAAAUAAGAUUUCUUUUCUUUUUUUUUGUUUUUUUUUCUUAGGGUGUUUUGAAGUAAACAUAGAUAACGUUGAGAUUCCUAAUCUUUUAAAUUAUAAAAACAAUCUUCUAUCUCUGUUAGUCAGGUGUAAACGGUUCACGGCGUAUUGGACCUUUAUCAUUAUUCUUUCUUUCAGGUCGACAUUGUACGAAUAAUAAUGAUAUUUGUAUUAAUAGUAAUAGAAUUAUGGAAGCAAACUAUUUUUCAAUUCGGAAUUCGUUGCCUUACUUUUCUUCUUCUUGCAAUGAGCGGUAAAAAUAUAACGGGUAUUGUAUACAUGAUACAGACAUAGAUUUUUAUUCUCUUACAUCACUAAUCUUGUUAUAACUGUCAAUUGAUUAGUAACUGGGAAAGAGACGUCGCAAUGCUUCUCUCUAUAGAGUAGACAUAUGAAUUAUAGAAAAAAAAAACUUGAAAAAAAGUAUUAUGCUAAAUACCGUAGGUAUUAGAACUGCACGAUUAAUCAAUCGAUUGAAACUAUAUACCAUCAUGACGAUUAAUCGUACAGCUCUAGUAGGUAUAAAAUAUAUUCUAAAUACCUAUAAUAUUUAAUUCUAGAUUGUAAAGUUUACUUUAUUUAAUUAUAACUAUUAUUAUCGUUAUAUUUAUCUUGCUUAUAGUAAUAUUUAUUACUGUUAUUACCACUUACUAUUAAUCAUCAUUGUAACUGAAUAUUAAUGAGAGGGAGCGAAAAAAAAAAACGACAAAAACAUCGGACCAAAAAAUACCUACAUAGAAAUGUAGCUUUGAAAAAGCCUUUAUUACGCACAUAUCCAGAAUGUUUCAUUUACGUCUAUGACAUUUAUAUUUCUUAGCAAUUUAAAUGUAAUAAUAUCCAUGAUGCAAUGUAGUUAUCCACAUAGUAUUAUUCGUCAUAGUUUGAAAUUUUCUUAAUAAAUUAGUUCAGCCGUUCUUUUUACAUGUUUUACGGGGUUGUUACAAAUCUGAUGAAAAAUGGGAAAACAUCGAAAAUACGAGUUUUCAAUAACCUUGCUUUGAAGUUUUGACACGAUUCAGCGAUCCUUUUGUCUCGACUAUUGUCUAUUGUAAGUUUUCCCAAAUGACAAAAAAGAAAAAUUAACGAGUGAAAAAAAAACAAUCCCCACUCGUAAAUUAUAUUUCUAUGUUACACAGAUGAGAACUCUCAGAAAAUCAAUUGUGAUAGAUAAAAGUAGCGCAUACAAAUAACUAUAUAAUAAUAAUAAUACUAAUAAUAAUAAUAUUAAUGAUAACUAUAUGCAUAGAUAGUGAUAUAGAUUAUGAAAUUAGUUGAUAAGUAGAUUUUAAUCACCAUAUCUACUUAAUAUACGCAUAUACACAUUUGCAAGUAAACCUAUGACCGCGUUAUCAUCGCCGCAUCGUUCGGCCUGUCUAUCAUUUCGUUUUGUCUCGUUUUGUCGUAUAUGUGUGAGUAUAAUUGAAUUAAGGUUGUGAAUACAUUAAAAAAAGAAAAAGAAAGCAUCA